AUGAAUUUGACCAACUGUACAAGAGUAACUGAGUUCAUUCUUGUUGGAUUUCCAAGUGUUUGGGGAAUGGAAAAUAUGAUAUUUACUUGUGUCUUUCUGCUCUACCUCCUGUGUCUGAUGGGCAACGGACUCAUCAUUGUGAUGGUGAUUUUGGACCACCAUCUCCAGAAGCCCAUGUAUUUCUUUCUUAGCAACCUGUCCUGUAUUGAUAUUGGACACACCACAGCUUUUAUUCCUAAAUUGCUGGUCAACUAUCUCUCUGCAAACAAUUCCAUCUGUUUCUACUGCUGUAUCAUGCAACUGUUCUUUUACUUCUUCUUUGGCGUUACAGAAUUUUUCAUCAUCACAUUGAUAUCCUUGGACAGAUACAUAGCAAUUUGCCAUCCUUUGAGAUACUCCACUAUUAUGACUUCUGGGGUUUGCUUUAAGCUAGCAAUUACAGCCUGGUUUGGAGGCUUUUUCUCCAUUCUGUAUCAGGGUGUAUUGACUGCAAGCCUACCUUACUGUGCCUCCAAUGUUAUCAAUCAUUUCUAUUGUGAUGAAGGACCUUUGUUGAAGAUUUCUGGAGGAGAUACAUACGUGAUCGAAGCCCUGGGCUUCCUACUGACGGUGCUUGUGAUUAUGUCCUCUUUGCUUUUCACCCUCAUUUCUUAUCUCUUCAUCAUUUGCACCAUUCUCCGAAUGCCUUCAACCACCAAACAGCAGAGGGCUUUCUCUACUUGUGCUUCCCACCUGGUUGUAGUCUGUAUUUUGUAUGGGUCAGUCUUUUUUGUCUACUUAAGACCUAAUGUCAAGGACUCUUCUUUUAGUAUGAUGAAAUCUGUCUCCAUACUGUACACCAUGGUCGCCCCGGCACUAAAUCCUUUCAUUUACACCAUUAGGAACAAUGAAGUCAAGGAUGCAGUAAGGAAGCUUUUGGAAAGGAAGACUGCAGGGGUCCCAAAUCUCAUGGCAUAA